AAACCGCUUCAAGAUGGAAGAUCAAUUGAUAUCAUUAGAUGAAAAUAUGAAAUUAACGAUUGUGAAUAGAGAAAAGUCUUACGAAAUUUCUAAACAAAAGUUAUCGUCGAUUCCUUACUUUGUGAAAUUAUUUGCCGAUUCUGAUUGUGACACAACCAAAAUAGAACUUGAUCUUGAUGAAAGUUCAUUCGAUAAUAUUAUCGAGUUUAUUCUAGAUGGUCAACUAUCGAUUUCCAUUGAAAGUGCCUCAUCUAUGGUAGAAACUUGUGACUAUCUCGGAAUGGACGAAAUUAAGCGAAAAUAUUAUGAUUGCUUUGAAUCGAAUUUCAGAAUCAAACAUUUGGAAGAGUUUUUAGACUUUUUGAGAAUCAUAAAUGUCUUGGAAAGAUUAAAAACUAAAUUGAAAUCUUUCAUUGGGAAAUAUUUCGUUCCAAUUUCCAAUACGAGAGCUUUUCAGAAAUUUCCAGUUACUCUAUUGGAACGCUUGUUGAAAAUGCAUUUGGGUGUUUCGUCGGAGUUGCAAAUAUUUGCAGCUAUUGUUCGUUGGUGCAAAUUUGAUAAAAAGGCUCGAAAAAAAUAUCUACCUCAACUCAUGAAAUUUGUAAAUUUUCGUCGAAUGAAAGAUCCUGAGAUUACAACUUGCGUGUCAAUGUUUGAAGAUGUUGGAAUCUCUUCUAAUUUUCGACAUGGAAAGAAGCCUCGUGCUUAUCUACCAGAAUUCUGUCGAUUUGAUUGUAUAAUUAAACGACAGUAUAAUAAGUCAUUGAUCUCAAUCUAUGAACUUGAUGAAGAUAAAAUUAAUAUUCGACGUUUAUCAAGAUCAAAUCUCUGGAUUAAAUAUGGUCAAUUCACUCGAGAUGAGACAAUGUCCACUUCUCUGAUUGAGGCUGAUCAUAUCGUCGAUAUAAUUUAUGAUUCCGGAAGAAAAGGUAUUCGAAUUGAUUUGAUUGGAAAGAAAUUCAAAUAUCUUAAAAUGUUUGGUGGUGACAAUUCUUAUUAUGGUCAAGCUUACAAAUAUUUCGUCAGUGAUAUUUGUGUGAUUUACACUUAUACAAAGAUCAAAGAACCGAAAACACAUCAUCGCAAGUAUGACAGUAAUGAUUUUAAUUUAAAACGUUUGGAAGCCAUUUCUCUGGAUGAUCAAUUGGUGGGAAUUUGCUUUGGAAAUGCAGAUCCCGAUGAUUCUGACGGGUUUAGUAGAAGUCAUGGGUUUGAUGAAUCUGAUGAUGGUGGCGAGUUGAAUGAAUCUCAUGAUCAGUAUUUUUAUAGCUCAUCUCUUGAUUAUCGACAAUUGCUUUCAUAUGAGAUAAAAGGACCUGUCCAAACUCGGUCCUGUUUUUUAUCGAAAUCAAAUAAAUAUUCAGGUACUCAAAAGGUCUUUUACUUUUUGACUAAACGUAAAUUCUGUAAAAAGGUGCUAAGAUUUAAAGAUGUACUUGACUAUUCGUUCCUGAAAGAGUUCAUCGGAAGCGAUUCUCUUGAUCACAUUGAGCUGAUUUCUCAUGAAAAUACUGUGCUAAUUUGUAACAAGGAAACGAAAAUGAUUUAUUCUUAUAACGAUGAUAUUGAUACUGAUAUUGAUUACGAUAACACUGAUUAUUGGCAAUUUAUGUCUAAAAUUGAAUCUCCCGAAAAGAUGAUUACAAUUGCAUCGAUUUGUCUGCCGUUUGAUUGUGAACAAUAACUAAUUGUCACCCAAUUUAAUGUUCAAUCAUUUGUAGCAAAUCAAUUUGAUUGAGCUUUUCUCAAUGUACUCGAUAAUCUUACUUGUUUUAGUCUCGCUUUAAUAUUGUCAAUUGAAUAAAAUGAGUGAAUUCACUAGCAAUUAAAAUGGAUCUCUUGUCCUUAAUCAAAGUGGUUGAAAAAUAAUUUGCAUAUUCAUCAAUCUUUGACAGUUAUUUUGCUGAUUUAUUCCCUCCAAAGCGUCGAAGGAGUUUUUUAAUUAGAAAUAAUUAAGAAUCGAUUUAAUUAAGAAUAUAUAAGAA